AUGCUCUUCCGAGAGAUUGGAAGAUGGCAAAUGGCAGCCCACUGCCUCCAAGAAGCUUCGCUGUCAGCAUUGCGGCUUACGACCGUCAGCUACAACAUGCUCUUAAAGAGUUGUGGAGGCAGCAACAGCAGCAACACCUGGCAAUCCGUUGUUGAGUUGCUUCGAGGGGCUUAUCUUCGAGGUGUCGAGUGUGAUGCCGUGUCGCUCAACACAGCUACAGCAGCUGUUAAGGACAGCUGGAGUUCAGUUUUUGUACUUCUGCGCACGUCACUGUCGCAAGGCAUCCAGCAAGAUGCAAUCACUGUUGGCUCUGGCACUGAUGCCUGUGCAUUGACAAGCUGCUGGGACGAUGCUCUGCAGCUGUUGCAUUCGGCACGGGGGCGGGACAUCCGCAUCGAUGUCCUCGGAUGCAGUGCGCUAGCAGCGGCCUGUGAAGUUGGCGGGAAGUGGAGACAAGCAUUGGCCGCCUGCUGGAAAAGCUGCGACUCAGGUAUGCUGACGGACACUGUGCUGGCCGGGGCUGGGAUCACAGCCCAUGGCUCUGCCAACCUUUGGGAGGCCGCUGUGAACAUCAUGUUCACCAGCAUGGUGGUGGCGUCGCUUCGGGUCGAUGUAGUGUGCUUUGGGGCGGCUUCGCAUGCGUGCGAAUUGGGCGGCAGCUGGCACACUUCUCUACGAAUUCUACAGCUGAUGAACAUGAUUUCCACCCAGUCGAACAAAGUGGUGCUUGGGGCUGCGAUAUCAUCAUGUAGGUGGGCCUCGAAGUGGCAGUGGGCCACACAUCUACACAAAACGCGAUUCAAGCCGGGACAAGUUCUGUUCAAUGCCCACAUGGGCGCAUGCGCAAGCUCGGCACAAUGGAGGGAGGCACUGAGCUCCUGUUUGAAGGCAGAAUGCCAGUCUGUGGCACCGGACAAUAUCGCUUUGAGCACUUUGGCUACCGCCUGUGGCACUGGUGGACAGUGGGAGUUGGCGAUGGCGGUCCACCGAAGGAGAAGUGACUUUGCAGAGCGGGAGCUGGAUGGGACUUCCCUUGGAGCUUUGGUCCACGCGAUGUCAAACUCUUGGCAGUGGCCGCUUGCCGGACUGCUCCUGGCCGAGGCUGGCCAGGGAAAUCUGCAACCCGAUGCUGUGAGCCUCGAGGAGGUUGUUGGCGCAUGUGCCCGGAGCGGAGCGUUUGCGGUGGCGGCGGAUCUUCUCCACUGCGUGAGACAACUCCUGCGAUCGCCCAGCACCAGCAUCGGAGUUCCGCUUGCGUGGAACUACGAAGUGCUGCGCCCUCUAGGAAAUGGCUACGUGGCAGCCCCGGGCCUUCCAGAGGAGGACGAAGAGAAGGAGGAAGCGAACGCCGCCAGCGAGGCAGAGCCCCCCAAGCCACCAGACCAAGGUACCGGCUCCGUCACAAAUGCCAACAACCCCGCGGAGGAAGAGGAGGAGGACGAGGUGGAGGAUUUCGAUGAGGACUUCGAGGACGAGGCCUCCAUUCAGCCGCAAGAAUUCUUCGGCUCCUGA